AUGAUCAAGCAACCUCUGGGCUCUUCUUUAACAGCUAGUCAAUUUUCCGUUGACAGUUCCGCCGGGCCAAACACAGCACAAUCGUCUGUUUGGAAUCUCAGAAAAUAUGAGCGGAAGUGCAGGAAAGGGGCAAAGGAAACUCCGAGCGCCAUGACGUCGUCGGAGUUCAUGGAUAAGCAGAUCAUGGAACUUUCUCGGUCCCACUCCGACGAUUUAUCUCAACUUUCUUACCCUCGUGACCUCCGAGACGAUGAGGACAAGGACGACGACUCAGUUUCCAGCUUUCACUUCCGCCCCACGCGACAUGUCGUCUCGCAACAGUCACGCGUUUCCACUUUCGAGAAUUGCAGUUCUAUGAACCACAUUGACCUUGCAAAAUCAGGUUGCAAGUAUGCCGGGGCUUUUGAUGACUCGGCAUUGAUAUCGGUGAUUGGUCAGAAGAUGAGCCAUCAUUUUGACAAUAUGCUGCAUGCGGUGGAGGGUCUCAGUGCGCGACUUUCCCAACUGGAGACUCGCUUACGCCGACUAGAGAACUCAGUUGACGACUUGAAGGAUUCUACUGAAAUUAACCAUGGCAGGAAUGAUGGGAAACUUAGACAACUUGAGAAUAUUCUAAGAGAGGUUGAAGGUGGUAUGCAGGACUUGAAAGAUAAGCAAGAGAUAUCAGAGGCUAAGCUGCAGCUUGCAACUCUUCAAAUGUUAAAGGGUCACCAGCAAUUGGAAAACCAAAGGAGCAAUGUACAAACAAUUUCAACUCAGGGAGGAUUGUCAUCUGCCCCUCAACAAAGCCACCAACCACAUUCAACUCCCGUUGCUGGUCUACAACUUUCUUCUUUUCCUCCUAAUGUUCCCCCAACCCAACCUCAUCAGAAUUUGCCACCAGCACCUGCAGCACAAGUUCAUACUCACUCACUUCAGAAUCAAAUCCCUUCUGUUCAACAGACAGAUUCUAACUACUCGCCACCUGUGUUGAAUCCACAACCCGCACCUCAGAUAUACUAUAUGCCUCAAGUUCAGCAGUCACUACCACCACCCACAGCACCAUAUCAAUAUUAUCCACCAGCACCACAUCUUUCACCAACCUCGCAAUUACAACGGCUACCUCAAUUGCACCCGCCUCUCAAUACAGUUGAUCCACGAGCCCAGUCUUCAUUGGUUCAUAAUCCUGGAGAAACCCCCUACAUGUUAUCACAAAGAUAUCCUCCAAGCAUGCACAAAUCCCCUAAUGCAACUGGCAUGACUCUCCCAACCCAACAACAGUACAUGGGUUCUUUCCAGUAUACGCAUGAUCAAUCCACAAGAAAUCAUUGUUCAGAUUUAUCUUCUGGGCAUAUGCAACCAGUUCAACAUUCAACUCUUGAUGAUUUUUAUUCCCAUGAAGGAUCUCCAUCUCACAACAGCGGUUCAAAAACGAAACACUCACAAAUCUUGCCAGCCUCUUUAGACCGUUCUGGUGGAAGCAGCAUUUCGAGACUGCCAACUGCCCAGGUGUUGCCAUAUGCAAUACCUAUGGCCUCGAGUAUGGAUAAGGAGUCAAGUUCUGGUGCGACUGGAAACAGAAUACCAAUUGAUAAUGUCGUUGAUGAGGUUGUAACAAUGGGAUUCCGAAGGGACAUAGUCAGAGCAACAGUGAAGAAAAUGACUGAGAAUGGGCAAUCAGUGGACAUUAAUGUUGUGCUGGAUAAGCUGAUGAACAAUGGAGAAGUUGAACCCCAAAGUGGUGGAUUUGGCCGGUAA